GCCAGUUAUGUGGUCAUGCAAUUGUAAGCCAGUUUAUUGCGCAAGACAGCUAACAACAGUGCAUCUGCAGAACAUGCCGAUCUGCAAAGGCAAAAGCGCUUGAGAAUGCAUCUGCACGGCAUGCAACGAGGUUGCUGCACAGUGUUGCUUCUAUUUCUGCUCUCAGUGGUCGUGCAGGUGCCGUGCUCAGCAGUCUAUGGGGAGGAGCCAGAUUGGAGGACCAGGACACAUGAGAAGGGUGUCUGUGCCACUUAUGGCAUCUGUGGGCAUCGCAAAGAUGGAGAUGUGCUUAAUUGCGCGAACAACACAGAGGCACAACCCGUGAGUGAUGCUGCUGCACGGAAGCUGCAGGACGUGUGUCCUCAGCUUGUGGCAGAGACCAAUGGCAAGUUCUGCUGCACUGAGGAGCAGAUUGACACUCUAUCUCAACAGAUCCAGAUAGCUGGUAUCUUCCUCGUUGGUUGUCCAGCUUGCAACCAAAAUUUCAAGCAUUUCUUCUGCACCCUCACAUGCUCGCCAGACCAGUCCACUUUCACAAAUGUCAGCGAAAUUCAGAAGGCUUCUGACAACAAUAAGACAGUUGUGGAGGAACUAGACAUCUUUGUGGCCGACAGCUAUGGGAAGCAGUUCUAUGACUCAUGCAAGGAUGUCGUGUAUGCAGCCGCCAACAUGAAGGCCAUGAGCUUCAUCGGCGGAGGGGCAAAGAAUUUUCAGGAAUUCUUUGAGUUUCUGGGGAUGGUCAAGGACAAGCGUGUCCCCCCUGCCGGCUCUCCCUUCCAGAUGAACUUCCCUGGUGAAGCCCAGACACCGCAAGGCAUGCUGGCGGCGAAUGAGAGCGUCCCAGCAUGCUGGGAGUCCGCGCUCAAAUGCUCCUGUGGUGAUUGUCCAGAUGGACCUCAAUGCUCUCCGCCCCCUGCGCCACCGCCGCCGCCAGUGACGGGGUGCACAGCUGUGGGGAUGGCACCGGAUUCCAUUUCCUGCCAGGACGUCAGCCUCAUCCUGCUGUACAUCGUGCUGGUGCCUGUCCUGGCGCUGUGCAUCCGCUACAAGACCCUGCAUUCAUGCGGCGAGCCCCUCACCUUCAGGAACAUGCUGGGCCUGGCAGCAGCCUCCCAGCGCAGCAACAUGUGGGCAGAGGAGCUCGCCGCUGCUGCUGAUGCAGAAAGGGAUGCAGAGGAGGAGCCACCAAAGUCCCUGGGGACAGGUCUCCAGUACUCCUUAGUCGAAAAAUGGCUGCGCAGCUGGUACUUUGAGCAGGGGCAGCGGUGCGCAAGGCAUCCCUGGCGGGUGCUGGGCUUUGCAGUGCUGGCUGUGCUCAUCUGCAGCCUGGGAAUGCUGCGCUUCAGAGUGGAAACAGACCCCCAGCGCCUGUGGGUCGGCCCAACCUCCCUUGCGGCAACCGAGAAGGCUGCAUACGAGGAAUCCUUUGGUGCCUUCUAUCGCAUCGAGCAGCUGAUUCUGUCAACAACUCCAAAGGCCGCAUCUCAGUACAUUGCCCAGUCUGGGCUGCCAUCGAUAGUCACUGACGAGAACAUCAAGCUGCUCUUCCGAAUGCAAGCUGAAGUCGACGCCCUGGAGGUGUCAGUGGGCGACUCCAAUGCCACUGCAACGCUGCAGGAUGUCUGCUACAAACCCUUUGGGGCUGCAUGCGCCACGCAGAGCAUCUUACAGUUCUGGAAGAUGGAUGAAGACAUCUACGAGAAGGGAGAGCCUCCAUAUGGCAUGAAACUGUCCCCGGACUUUUGCUUCUCUCACUGGUCGACCCAGUGCCGCUCUACCUUCGAGGCACCCAUGGACCCCCACGUCAUCCUGGGCGGCUUCCCAAAUGGCCCAGACUUCCGCAAUUUCUCAGCAGACAGCACUGCAUUUGUUGUGACCUUCCCAGUGGACAGCUCCUCUGGCAACAGGUGCUCCUUGCCUCUCGCCUGGGAGGCAGAGUUCAUAGAGCUGGCUCGCACCAAGCUAACACAGAUGGCGGAUGAGGCUGGCCUGCGCCUUUCGUUCUCAGCAGAGCGCAGCGUCACUGACGAGCUUGCUCGCGAAAGCUACGCAGAUGUUAGCACGGUGGCCAUCUCCUAUGUGGUCAUGCUGGCCUACAUUGCACUGGCGCUGGGUUACUACCCACGUGGUGCCAGCCCUCUGGCAGUGCUGGUGACCGGGAGGGUGAGCCUGGGCCUGGGCGGCGUUCUGAUUGUGGCUGGGGCCGUGGCUGGGGCUCUGGGCCUGUGCAGCCUCUUUGGCAUGUGGUCCACUCUGAUCAUCAUGGAGGUUAUACCCUUCCUGGUGCUGGCUGUGGGAGUGGACAACAUGUUCAUCCUGGCCAAUGAGCUCGAUCGCACAGAUGCCAGCCUGCCACUGCCAGAGCGCUUGGGCCGGACACUGGCUGCUGCUGGGCCCUCCAUCUCCCUUGCUGCCACUGCAGAGGUGGUGGCAUUUGGCCUGGGAGCCUUCUCUACGAUGCCGGCUGUGCGCAACUUCUCCAUCUGUGCGGCGCUGGCAGUCUUGCUGGACUUCUGCCUGCAGGUGACCGCAUUUGUUGCUCUGCUGGCCCUGGAUGCUCAGCGCAUACGCGAAGGGAGGCUGGAUGUGGCGCCAUGCAUACAGCUGCCACCCAAAUACCUGGGCGCGGCAGCUGACGGCCACAACGGCCAUGGCUCAUCUGAGGAGCCGCUGCUGGCGCUGCAGAGGUACAUGGCCGAGGUGCACGCUCCGCUGCUCCUCAAGCCUGCAGUGCAGGGCGUGGUCCUGGCAGUCUUCCUGGGCCUCUUCCUCCUGUGCUGCGGCGCGCUACCACACAUCUCCAAGGGCUUGGAGCAGGAGACGGCGCUGCCCAGGGACUCCUUCCUGCAGCCCUACUACAAGGACGUGUACGAGUACCUGAGGGUGGGCCCGCCGCUGCUGCUGGUAGUCAACAAUCUCAACAUGACCCGCUCCUCUGGCGACAUCAACGCUGUCUGCUCCAUCUCCGGCUGCAACGACUCCUCCCUGCUCAACCAGGUGGCAAACGCGGCUCGCACGCCCCAGCAGACGUACAUCGCGGCCCCAGCGGCCUCCUGGCUGGACGACUUCCUGUCGUGGAUAUCGCCGCAGAUCCCGCGCUGCUGCCGGGCCACCUCCGACGGCGCCUACUGCCCGCCGCCCGACCAGCCGCCCUGCUCCGUCAACGCCUCCGCUUGCGCUGACUGCGCUGUCUGCUUCCGCGCAUCGGGGCCCCCCGGCCCGGACUUUCUCUCUGACGGCCGGCCCACCCUUCACCAGGUGAAGGAGAGGCUGCCGUGGUUCCUGAAGGCGCUGCCGUCGGAGGACUGCGCAAAGGGCGGCGCGGGAGCAUACAAUGGCGCCCUGCAACUCAGCUCCAAGGACUAUGGAGUGGUUGAGGCAUCCAGCUUCAGGACGAGCUACGUGCCACUGAACAAACAGGAGGACUUCAUCAAUGGGAUGCAGGCACGCCCACCCCUGCCUGCUGCUCUCCUUCCUUACAAUGCAUCAAGAGCUUUGCCUCAGAUGUACUCCUUCUCCAUCUUCCACGUCUUCUUUGAGCAGUACCUGACCAUCGGCCACGAUGCGCUGGUGCUGCUGACCUUUGCCACGCUGGCCGUGACAGCUGUCGUCUACGCCUUCACUGCCUCCCUGUGGGCUUCUGCGCUGAUCUGCAUCGUCCUCGUCAUGAUACUGGUGGACUUGCUGGGUGUGAUGGUGGUGUGGGGCAUCCAGCUGAACGCGGUGUCCCUGGUCAACCUGACCAUGGCGCUGGGCAUCUCUGUUGAGUUCUGCGCGCACCUGGUGCACGCAUAUGUGGUCGCCCCGGGCUCGCGGCCGGCACGCACUGCCACCGCGCUCGUGGAAGUGGGCGCCUCCGUGCUCAGCGGCAUCACCCUCACCAAGUUUGUCGGCGUCAUGGUGCUGGCGUUUGCCAAGACAAAGAUCUUUGAGGUGUACUACUUCCGCGUGUACAUGGCUCUGGUGGUGCUGGGGGCCGCACACAGCCUCAUCCUGCUGCCUGUGCUGCUGGCGCUGGCAGGGCCGCCCGCUCUGCCAGAGAAGCCGCGCCCCUUUGACGUGAGGAGCUGAGGACCCUGCUCGACCGUCCUUCUAGACAGAGAUGGCUUUGUGAGUCAGAGGUUUACAGAAUAGUCUGCGCUUGCUUGAGUAGUGUGAUAGUUUUCUCUGAUUGAUAAUGGUGCUCUAUUGGACUGUGAGCUGGAAAGUAAAUUGGCUUAGAAGCAGUGGGCCUUGUACGUGUCAUGGUAUUUCAGGUCUUAUCAUGCCUUUCAGGCGAAUUUUCCUUAUCUGGACAAAUUUUGAUUGCAGUUCGUUAUCCAAUUUAUUUUGUGCUCUGAUUCCAGCAAACGGCACACAAUGUAUACCUUACACCCGGUACCGCUUUAGUAAUUUUACAGCAAUCUAGGUUCUUGCAGGACUUGCAGUGACAGUGUUCAAACAAAUUUGUGGCAGAUAUGGAAAGAAAACAAAGGCAUAUCAAUGUAAUGGUAUAGGCGGU